AUGAUGGCAACAUCGAUAAGUACAGUUCAACUUGGCAAUAAACAUGGCUCAAAAAUCACCCGGGAGUAUUACCCGAAAGAACUAAUAAAAAAAACCGGCCUAACAUAUGAAGAAAUUCCAUGCUCAUUUGUAAAAGAUGAAGAAUUCUAUAACGGCGUGUUUGAUAUUAUUGUUCUUUCGGACGAGCUUUCCUCGAAUACAAUAUUAACCGAAGCGGCCCUACUUGCACUGAAGUCCAAAAAUCCAUUCAUGACAUUUUUUGUUACCGUUCUACAAUCAUUCAUCAACGGUCUAUUCAACGAAGACAGUGAUGUUUAUGUUAACGAAAUAAGCUAUAAUCACUUCAUCCUAUGGCCAAUUCUGACGUCUUUAUCAAAAUCAAUUAUUACAACUAAGUUUUUGUUGGGAGAAAAAAAAUUGGAAGCUGUUUCCCAAGAGCUUAAGUUGAUGAAUGAUAACCGACAUUUUUACAAUGCUGACGGCAUCAUACUGAACCUAAAAAGUAAGAUAGAAAUAGCCAUAUUAGAAACAACAGGCCCAUUUCAUCAGCAAAACGAUCCUAAGGAAACUCAGGACUACAUAAAAGCUGGGUACGGUCUUGUGGCCAUGUUGCAUGUAAUCGGACGAAAGUUUCACUAUGGCGAAUUUGACAUCUUUAAAAAAAUCGACGUAUCCGCUAACGUUUUAUUUUAUGGCGUUUUUAGCAACCAAGAUCAGGAUUUGGAGGUUAUCUAUGCCAGCAAGCAAAAUUUAUAUCACAAAUUGUAUCGGUUCGGUCGAAGUGCCAGUCCAAGCAAAGACAUGUGA